AUGCGGGAGGAAUGGGAGAGCAAGCUCAAGAAGCUGCUCGGUGAGGAGCUCCUGGUGAUGCGGCUGGAUGUGCUGCAAAGGCAGCAGCAGCUGCAGCAGAUGCAGUUCGCGGAGCAUCUUCGAGCCGUCAAGAUGAUGCUCGAAGAGCACCAGCGACCGGAGGACUCAGCUCCUGCCACGGCUCGUGGCCGGGCCGAGUCCAGGGGUGGCUCCAAGGAGAGCAGCCCGCGCAAGGGGCGCAGCGAGUCGCCAGUCAAGGUGACCCGGAGUCGGGCGCGGCGCUACACCUGGCACAACCAGUCGGCCAGCGGCAGCCCUGCGAAGACGGCGGAACGCUCCUCGCUUUUGAAGCUGCCUGCUGAGUCCCUGCGGAGCGUCGUGCGAGCAACUCAGGCGGUGAGGUCUCCGAUCCGUUUCGCGGAUGACUCGUCGGUGACCCCGUCGGCGCGCGCUGCAGCGCUUGCGGCGGCGGCCAUGCGAAGCGAGAAGGAGGCUGCCUCAAGGAAUGCUUCCCCUGUCCACAGCCCGAACACCAAGGAGGAUGCGGAUGUCGAGUCCAGGUCGGCCAGGAGCGAGGAGAACGAGAAGUGGAAGCAGAAUUGGACCCGACAGAUGCGAGCCAGACUGAGCAGCCAGCUGGGCGACUUGGGCCCUAGCAAGAACAAGACCAAGGGCGGCGUGACCCGCUCCAUGUCGAAGUUCAUCGGUGCCGACACCUCGGCCCGGCACCGGCAGACCCUGGCGCAGAUGUACCAGGUGCAUCCACCAAAGACGAAGCUAGAGCAGCUGGUGGAUGGCACGGCUUUCCAGCUGGCCGUCGGCUUCAUCAUCUUCGCCAAUGCAGUCUUCAUUGGCAUCAUGACCGACGUGAGCAUGCAGAACGUGCUGGCCACGCCGCAAAGAGGAGAUCCCACGUGGUUCCACAUGGUGAACCAAAUCUUCGUCGGGAUGUUUGUCGCGGAGGUCUUGAUUCGCCUGGCAGCCAAAAGGCUGGACUUCGUGUAUGGCAUCGAUUGGAAGUGGAACAUCUUCGACUUCUUGCUGGCUGCGUACUGCCUUUCCGAGGAGCUUCUGACGGGCUUCAGCAUUACCUACACGCGCCUGCUCCGGGGCUUCCGCAUGGUCCGGGUGCUGAGGGUCAUCCGCGUCAUGCGUCUCUUCCGAGAGCUCCGGCUCAUGGUUUGCUCCAUCAUCCAGUCCAUGGUGUCCCUAUCCUGGGCAUUGAUGCUCCUGCUGCUGAUCAUGUACCUCUUCACCAUCAUCUUCAUGCAUGGAGCCACACUGUACUUCCAGCAGGACACUGGCAAGGAGGACGUGCGGCACUCCCUUGAGGCGUGGUAUGGAACCGUCCCCCGCUCGAUGUACUCGCUGCUGCUGGCCGUCACUGGAGGUGAAGACUGGUAUCAGAUUGCCGAGCCGUUGGGUGACAUCAACUGGCUGUACCAGAUCCUCUUCGCCUUCUACGUCCUCUUCGUGGUGAUUGGCGUCCUGAACGUGCUGACCAGUGCAUUCGUUCAGCGCGCCUGCGAACUGUCACGGCUGGAUCGGGACUUGGCCAUCCAGUCCGAGCUGGUGUCUGACGAGUCCUUCGUGGCUGAGAUGAAGAGCAUCUUCGAGGAGGUCGACGCAGAGGGCACCGGAUGCAUCGACUGGGAGCAGUUCCGGUCCUUCAUUCACAACGAGCACGUACAGGCCUACUUCGCCACGCAGCAGCUGGACACGUCGGAUGCCCGAGAGCUCUUCAACCUCCUGGACCAAGACGGUGACGGAGAGGUCUACAUCGAGGAGUUCAUCCUCGGCUGCAAGAAGCUUCGGGGCCAAGCAAAGAGCUCGGAUGUCGCGACCCUCCUCCGGGAGAGUAAGAAGGCAAACAGCAAGUCGAUGCGCGCCAUGCGGAAGCUGGAGGAGAGACUCAUAGCCAUCUGCAACGGCUUUCAGGGCCUGGGCAUCGUGAUUCCGGAGAACAGCCAGUGGAUGGGCUCACCCUCCAGCUGCCGAUCAUAUGCUCGGAGCGUGAUCUCGCGCUCUCGCUCUCGACGGAUACUUCGUGGCACCUCUGCCGGGGCCUGCUUGGACUACCUCGGUGUACUUUUGGGGUUUAGGGUUUAG